UAAAAUUUUGGGGAACUAAACGAGGAGCCAAGAAAUGACUCUGAGAUUUGGCUGCCGACAUGAUGUGGGAUACCGUGAACUCGCUAGUCGUGACGUUUCUUUCCACGCGGCAGCUCGGGAGAGCCAUGCGCCUCUCCGCUCGCCACGUUCUCCUGCAACUCGAAGCACUCAAAAGCUAUUAAGAACUGGAUUGGUUCUCGAUCGAAUCCAACAAGAACAGAAGAGAGACGAGAGUAGCAGAGCAGCUAGAAAGGAAGGAGUGGUCAGGUCAGCAAUGGCGCAGCUUAGAGCACCCGCCGACGAGGAGAGGCUGCAGCAGGAGGCGCCGCACGGCGUGGCCGGCGGCGGGGACGUGAGCAGCAACAAGAAGGCGCGCGCGGGGCUCUGCGGCGUGCUCCGCGAGCGCAAGGUGGUGGAGCUGGCGCGCGCCAAGCGGCGGCUGGUGGAGGUCCCCUACACCGCGACGCUGGCGCACACGGCGAACGCGCUCCUUGCCGCGCGCGUCUCCGGCGUGGCCGUGGCCGCGCCGCCGGGCCACUGGAUCGGCGCCGGCGGGUCCAUGAUCCUCGAGUCCGACCCGGCCACCGGCGCCGUCCGCAAGCACUACAUCGGCAUGGUCAACAUGCUCGACAUCCUCGCCCACAUCGCCGAGGCCAGCGACGACGCCGAGGCCGACGGCGAGUCCGUCGACCUCGACCGCCGGAUGGCCGUGCCGGUGUCCUCCGUCAUCGGCCACUCCCUCGAGGGCCUCACUCUCUGGACGCUCCAUCCGACAACCAGCGUGCUGGACUGCAUGGAGACGUUCAGCAAGGGGGUGCACCGCGCGCUGGUGCCGCUGGAGAGCUCGGCGGACAACGUGGUGGCGGUGGAGCUGGUGGAGUCGGCGCCGGGGUACCGGAUGCUCACCCAGAUGGACGUGGCGAGGUUCCUCAGGGCGCACGGCGCGGAGCUGAGGGACGUGCUGUCGCGCACCGUGCGCGAGCUCGGCGCCGUGAACGACACGGUGUUCGCGGUCGCCGGCGGCACCAAGGUGAUCGACGCCAUCAGGGCGAUGCGGGCGGCGUCGCUGACCGCGGUGCCCGUCGUGGACCACGCCACCGCCGCCGCCGUUGGUAGCGGUACAGAGACCCUUCAAUACGGGAACGGGCAAAGGGCGAUCGAGACGUUCUCGGCGACGGACCUGCGAGACUGCCCGGUGGCGCGGCUGCAGCCGUGGCUGGGGAUCAGCGUGACGGAGUUCAAGAGGAAGGUGGCGGAGUACCGGGCGAGCACCAAGCCCGUGGUGCCCGGCGCCGACGCCACGGACACCGGCACCCCGGCCGACGACACCCCCGCGGCCGUCGUCGCCGCGGACGACGAGCCGAGCGGCGAGCAGCAGGAGGAGGAGGAGGAGCCGGCGGCGCUGGUGACGUGCUCCCCGGAGAGCACCCUCGGCGAGGCGAUCGAGGCGGUGGCAUCGAGGCACGUGCACCGGCUGUGGGUGGUCGACGAGGAAGGGCUCCUUCACGGCGUCGUGUCGCUCACCGACAUCCUCCGGGCGGUGCGGGACGCCGCGCUCGGCGAGGACCGGGAGCUGCACAGCAUCGUGUCGUGAGUCGUGACUCGUGACGUUUGGCAGUAGUAGUGUCAUCCGCCUGCCGUGCUGCUGCAGGGUACGUACGCGGCAGCAAAGGGCGAUCGAGACGUGUUCCGACGGCCGGCCGGCCGGCUGGCUGGCGGGCCGGUCGCCGGCGAGCUUUGUUUUGCCUUGUUGCUUUUGUUAGGCUCGUGGCUCCGAUCCAGGCGUUGUGUUUCGUCUACACGCCUUCGCUGUUUUUGCAUCGUUUUAUUAAUCAACUAUAAAUACGUGCUGCACUGCCGGUGUUUUCCAGCGAUAGACAGCAGGGCACUGUGGCUGGUUCUUU